GGCAAGUCCGCUCACGCCGAUCCAUGAAAAUGCUCUGGAAACUGACGGAUAAUAUCAAGUACGAGGACUGCGAGGACCGUCACGACGGCACCAGCAACGGGACGGCGCGGUUGCCCCAGCUGGGCACUGUAGGUCAAUCUCCCUACACGAGCGCCCCGCCGCUGUCCCACACCCCCAAUGCCGACUUCCAGCCCCCCUACUUCCCCCCGCCCUACCAGCCUAUCUACCCCCAGUCACAAGAUCCUUACUCCCACGUCAACGACCCCUACAGCCUGAACCCCCUGCACGCGCAGCCGCAGCCGCAGCACCCGGGCUGGCCCGGCCAGAGGCAAAGCCAAGAGUCUGGGCUCCUGCACCCGCACCGGGGGCUGCCGCACCAGCUGUCGGGCCUGGACCCCCGCAGGGACUACCGGCGGCACGAAGACCUCCUGCACGGCCCGCACGGGCUCGGCUCGGGACUCGGGGACCUCCCGAUCCACUCCUUACCUCACGCCAUCGAGGACGUCCCGCAUGUGGAAGACCCGGGUAUUAACAUCCCAGAUCAAACUGUAAUUAAGAAAGGGCCAUUAAUAAUAACCCGGCACAGAGCUGGGGCUCUGUGACAGCCGAUUAUCUCCCAAGAUCUUCCUGUGUAUGGCUGGGUUUCCUGCCCUCAAAGCGUCAGCAGGCCGUGUGUCCUAGGUUUAAAAAGCACGUGGCAGGCCCACGACCUGGUGUUUUCUGAACCCCUCUCUUACCUAUAUUUGUAAAACAGGGCAAAGUCAAAAAAUGGAGGACGGUCUUUAAGAGAAAAACUGGACAAGAUAGGAUUAAACCUGCCGGCAGGGAGACGCAAAGCAGCCAACGUCACCCUGCUGACCUCGCUGGUAGAGGGUGAAGCCGUCCACCUAGCCAGGGACUUUGGCUACGUGUGCGAAACCGAAUUUCCUGCCAAAGCAGUAGCUGAGUUUCUCAACCGACAGCAUUCCGAUCCCAACGAGCAAGUGACAAGAAAGAACAUGCUCCUGGCUACAAAACAGAUCUGCAAAGAGUUCACCGACCUCCUGGCCCAGGACCGGUCCCCACUGGGCAACUCCAGGCCCAACCCCAUUCUGGAGCCGGGCAUCCAGAGCUGCUUGACCCACUUCAACCUCAUCUCACAUGGCUUCGGCAGCCCGGCUGUGUGUGCAGCGGUAACGGCCCUGCAGAACUAUCUCACCGAGGCCCUCAAGGCCAUGGACAAGAUGUACCUCAGCAACAACCCCAACAGCCACGCGGACAGCGGGGCCAAGAGCAGCGACAAGGAAGAGAAGCACAGAAAGUGAGCUGCCCGCCUCACCCUGCACUCUGCCGCCGGGGUGCCGGCCGGGGGGGGGGCCCCCCAACCCCGCUGCUGCUGGACUGCUCCCAUGGGCCGCCCAACCUGGCCUGCCUCGGCCUCCCUGCCCGCACCACACCCUGUUGCCCUCUUUGGAGCCCCACAGGCAGAACAGGCCGCCAAGCCAGCCCAGAAAAGUUCUGUCCGAGUUCACGGACCUUUUUUUAAAACACAAAAAACAAAACCGCAGACCGACGACAUCGAUGACGUCAAACAAAAAAAGUAAAAAUGGUUUUUCUAAAAAAAGGACGUAAAAAUACAAAAAAAAACCAAAAAACAAAAAACAAAAAUAAAAACAAAAAACAAAAAAAAAAACGACAGGAGCUUCGCCCGGUCACCACCACCCCUGUCCCCCACGCUUCGGUCCCCACGUAGCCACACUAGGCAAGGCAGAAAGGCUAAGGACGUUUUUAUCAGUAUUGUGAAUAGACUUGAACCCUCCACCUGCAGUUACGGUCCCUCCAGGUAAAGCCACGACUUGAACUCUCUCUGGCGACACGAUUCGGUCACAUAAGGGAAUCCGUGUUCACGUCUCUGUAUAUAUUUAUUUAUGUGUAAUUUAAUGGGAGUUGUAAAUAUGCUGCGUCUGUUUGAAGCCUUUUUUUUUUUUUUAUUUAUCUGGUGAUCUUGUUUACCUCUGGCUUAGUGGGUUUGAACCUUCCUCUUCGUUCUACCUGUGCUUCAAGGUACUUCUUUAGAAAUCCAAGGUUGGGGGAUUUGUUUUUCCUUGGGGACUCAUGAAUUUAGCCCUGUUGUAGCAUGUAAAGAUGACCAUGAAACAGCUGAACACAUGACAAAAAAAAAUAAUAAAAUUUUAUAUAUAAUUAGUAUGACACUUAGCUUUUCAUUGGACUGAAAGAAAAAAAAAGGGGGGGGAUAUUCGAUCCUGGAAAGGCUUUUAAACUUGAGUGGUUUCAUGACCGUUCUGUGUAUUGUGGGAAGAAAAAGUUUAUUUUAUCCCACUGCCCUCCAGAAAAGCAUUAUUUGAGCAAUAAAUAGUCUUGUCUUUAAACCAAGGGCCAGGUCUCUCCCCUUUCCCCUAUCUCUCUCUGUCCCCCUAUCUUUCUGUGGCUCUGUGUCUCUCUCUUUUUGUUCAGAGAACUUGCAGCGUUUGGGACCACCUGGUAUUCUGUAUUUUCACUCUGGCCUUGCGUUGGCAAUAGCUUCCACGCCUGUCAAUGUAUCAUAGCCCUUUGUUGCCCAGAUAAAUAAAUAUUUGAUACGCUUUAUGUCGAUUUUUUUUAUUCAGUAGCUGUCUUUGCCCAGGCGUAUUUUUGUUCUUGGCAGUAUUUUUAUUCAGUCUGGUUACAGUAAUUGAGUUUAACUUUCCCUGGACGAUUGGUCCUUGCAAUAAGCAGCUGAACCCAUUGUUCCCCUCAAGUAUAAUAAAAACUUACUUUCAACUUGGAGUUCAGAGCAGGGUAUCAUUUAGAUAUUCCACUGAGUCUGUAUUCAGACAAAUGACACAAUAAAACCCAAUGUAUUCUUUUGGAUAAAAGAUUGU